AUGGCGUUCACUGCGACUCUUUCCGUGAUUGUCUUUCUCUUUCAACUUGCUGUAGUUUGCACUGUAAGUACAUUACAACAGUAUUCAAGUUUUAAAAAACUAUAUUACAUCACAUCUGCGAGACAAAAUACACUGAGAAUAGUCUGAAAAAUCAAGAAUUCCUGUAAUAAUGACUUGCUAGAAACCGGAAGGGAGGUUAUUCGUUUAUAUAGGCCGCAUUGGUGUGUGCCGCCCCAAAGGGUAUGGUUUUUGCUCCGUUUUGGUAUGAAGACGGGUAUAAACUUUGCCCAUUUUGAUCUGGAAUCGGGUGUGGUUUUCGAGGAAACUACGGGAGUGUAUGAACGUAUUUAUCGUUUCAAUUCCAAAUGAAUAAGAAAUUAAAAGAGAAAUAUACAAAUUCGAAAUGAAUUCUAACCAAUCGUUUUUGUUGGCGUUCUAAUCUAGGUCAUGAUGACAUAAUUUCUCGAAGGCCAGGUCUGAGAACGGGUGCAAAAAUUGACAUUUGUUGGCCGAGUGGACAUGGACUGUAGAUAAAAUAAGUAAUCGAUACUAUUCGAUAGCAAUCGAUAAAAGCUUUCGCCGAUUAAAUACGCGUGAUGAUGUCAUUCCGUUAUCGGUGAAAGUUGGGUUUGGAUUACAAUUUUAUUUUUUAUAGCAGUUUAAGGCCUCAUUUGAACAAUAUUUUUUUAAUUAUGCUGCUGAAGGACAACAUGAAGAGAUUAUUAAAAAUCUUUAUCACCUCUUUUUAUUAUGCUUUAAGGUAGUUCACUCCUCCUGCCUGGAAACCACGUGCUUAGAGAGUCACUGCAGCGGACAGGUAAGUCACAUUUGCUUUUAAAAAUAUUCAAACAUCUAACAGUCAUUGAACUACCUGAUUUUGAGCGGUGAAGUGGAUCAAGUUGUAUACAAGAUAGUUCCAGGAAAUUAGUGAUAAGAAUUUUCUGGCAUUUGGAAGCUGUUGGCUGUUGAUCAUGACACCUCAUGAUACCAUACACAGAAGGUGUAUUCAUUUUAGCGACCACAUUAAUAAACAAAUUAGAUCCAACUCCUUUAACUCGUUUGACCAACUGUGUCAAUAGACCUUUUCACGGUUUAUGACACCAUCUUGGCUGGGGGAUAAACACGGCUACAAAGAGGCUGAUUUCCACAGCGAAAAUGUAUUUUAAAAGACAUUUGUACUGAGAUUAUUCUCAUGAAGUAUAAAGAAGAGAUUCAGGUUAUAAGGUCUUAUAACGACCUUAAAACGAAUUUUUAAGAUUUCAUACAAACCCUUCUAAUCAACAUUAUUCAAAUUACAAUGAAAUUAGAAGCCGCAUGAGAAGAUUUGCAAUUCGAAUUUACGGACGUCGUACCUUCUUUAAUAGCCCUAUUUUCUAUUGUUUGAAUAAUAUCUCUAAAACUAUUUAAAGUAGUGGCAAGUGUUGGAAAUCUAACACUUUGUAGAGGCGUUGUAGCGGUUCCAAGUGGUCCAAAAUCUCAUACAUUAACUGUAAUUUUAGCUGUGUUUGCCCCCAAGCCAAGGUGGCGUCAUAAACAGUGAAAGGGUCUAUUAUCAAAGCGCUGCGAAGAACUUAUUAUUGUAGAGGUCCAAUUCGAGGCCCAGUGGUGAGAUUCAGGCUGAUAAAGUUUUGCGAUUAAGCUUUUUAUGUUCUCUGAUUCUAUUUAUUUACGCAUCUUUUCUAAGGGAAAAGUGAUUUACCAUCAGACCAUGACUCCGACUUGGUUGGAGGCGCAUGCGUCAUAUAUCGACAGUUCUCGUACAUCAACAUCCCAACAACUCACAUUCAACGCAGACGCAAAAGACAAUGCCGCUCUUCUAAAAAUACCCAUGAUUCCUUCUGGUGUUUUGAAAGCUGGAAAGCCGCUGACUGUAGAGAUCACCGUUGCAAAUGACGUCAGUAUUGGAGGCAAACCUAUUGAUAGCGACAUUAGAUACGUGGUGUCUGACGGCACAAGAUUUGUUGGGUUUGAAACUUGCGACAAGGACAACUACAAAACCAAUGCACCCUGCUAUGGAAUUGAAGGGGUUUCAGGUGCGAGUGCUUCUUCCCUGCGAGGAAAUCCGGUUCUUCCCAAACCCAAACUAACACAGGAAUUUUAAGAAUGUGAGCCGCUAUCGAAUAAACGCAGCCCUAGCAUAAACCUCACAUCAAAAAGCUGAAAAUUUAACAAACGCGCGGCGUUUAAUCGGGUAAACAGGCGUGUAACUUCCGGGUAACUUAUAUUGAAGCGCAUCCGUAGGCAAGCGUUACAUGCUUUGUCCUUGUCAUAAAAAAAAGGUACAAAAACAGGCAAGGCAUGUUGUAUGAUGCUUUGAAUAGUCACUUUCCUCUUUUUUUACUAAAACAAAAUGAAGUUUUUUCUCGACAAAACUUUUUUAUUCCCUCAAUCCUUGGAAGUUGAUCUUUGGAAAUCUAUCAUAGUGAGAAUAACUACACGUAACAGCAUUGGCAAACCCUGGGGCAAUGGCUUCAUGCUGGGUUUGGAGCAGAAACAAAAUUAAUUUUAAUGUACCUGAAAGAUAGAACGAAAACAAGUAUACAUUUCAGAUUCAUGGAACUAAAAAUAGUGAAAACCCAUCAAUCAAUGAUGACAAACCCUAAGCUCUCAAAAGAGGGAACACAGGGACCGUCGUUCGAAAAUAAGCAAGAUUUUGCCUAGAUGUCAACAGCUUAAGAGCUCAGCUCAAUCCUAAACCACCCAACAUUUUCGGAAUUUUUCUUUCAACUUCCCUAUGAUUUUCUGAAGCUUUACUUUUCACUACCUAAAACGGAUGUUGUUCGCAAAAAGGGACCGUGACGAGAACAGGAAUCAGAAAAUCUCUCGAUUUCGUACACUCCUAAAAAGCAUGUACAUUUUCGAGAAAUGACAACAAAGUCCCCGUAAAUUCGAGAAGGCAGAAGUUGCCCUAGGAUGACCGUACGGACAAAACAUUUGAUAGCGUCGCUUAGAAUGCAUUUGUAGAUCUUUAAACACCAAACCAGCCUAAAACAGGUUUAACAGGUUCUAAGCAUUUGUGAGAUCCUUCUGUUUUUAAAUCCGUAUCCUACAAGAGGAACUCAAGCCUGACAAAUCUAAAAUCCUUGAGCUUGGUCUCAUGAUAUCACCCAUUGUCUUAAAUUUUUUGCAAUAAAAAUGAUCGUCAACUUUUGGAAACCUCUGGUAAGUCUAAUCAUAUUUAAAAGGUCGCAAGUAUCAUAGAGUCUUGGAUAUGAUAAAAAUACCGUACUUGACAUCCGAGGGGAGUUGGAUGAUGGUAUAGUCCCAGAAGACUCACGGGAAUUUAGAUGUUUAGACCAAACCAUGUUUAAUGGUAACUUUGUAUCCCUUCAGACCGAGAAAAAUCCCCACCCUUUUCCAGACUAAUUGCCAAACAAUAACUCCAUUUCUUCAUAGCAGUGAUCAGUUUUUCACGGCCUUCUCCAACCGGGCCCUCUAACGCCUCCGCAAAGACGGGUAAGCGAGGAACCUAAAAAGGCAGUCGUCCUUAUCAUUUUGAGUUUGGAGCAUAGCCAAAGCAAAUUGCACAUUUCCUUGGAAAAUGCCCUGUUAGCUAGAUGAUAGCACACAUUAUGGUAUCACAUUUUGAUCUCUUAACAGGAUAAUAAGAUGAAGGAUAAAGGUUCUGGAACAUAGUCAACAAAAACGGAAACGAAGAAACAAUACAGGGUUGCAUUCCAGCCGUUUGGAAAGAGCAGGAUUCGCUGGUGCUGACAAAACAUGUCCUAAAGCAGCUGAAAUGAUCUGGAUAUCUCGCCUUGGGAGAUGUACAAUUUCACGUUAUAAUCUCCACGAAUAGAUGACAUUUAACCUCUCCUCAGAAUAAAAAGCGUGCACCCUACAAAAAGGUCUUACAGUCUUCUACAUCCAACUGCUCGUUAUCGCGUCAUAAGCGAAUAACUGGACCCGCAGCAUGGCGUUCCGUGCGACUCUUUCCGUGAUUGUAAGUACAUUACAACAGUAUUCAAGUUUUAAAAAACUAUAUUAUAUCACAUCUGCGAGACAAAAUACACUGAGAAUAGUCUGAAAAAUCAAGAAUUCCUGUAAAAAUGGCUUGCUAGAAACCGGAAGGGAGGUUACUCGUUUAUAUAGGCCGCAUUGGUGUGUGCCGCCCCAAAGGUUAUGGUUUUUGCUCCUUUUUGGUAUGAAGACGGGUAUAAACUUUGCCCAUUUUGGUCUGGAAUCGGGUGUGGUUUUCGAGGAAACUACGGGAGUGUAUGAACGUAUUUAUCGUUUCAAUUCCAAAUGAAUAAGAAAUUAAAAGAGAAAUAUACAAAUUCGAAAUGAAUUUUAAGCAAUCGUUUUUGUUGGCGUUCUAAUCUAGGUCAUGAUGACAUAAUUUCUCAAAGGCCAGGUCUGAGAACGGGUGCAAAAAUUGACAUUUGUUGGCCGAGUGGAUAUGGACAGUAGAUAAAAUAAGUAAACGAUACUAUUCGAUAGCAAUCGAUAAAAGCUUUCGCCGAUUAAAUACGUGUGAUGAUGUCAUUCCGUUAUCGGUAGAAGUUGGGUUUGGAUUACAAUUUUAUUUUUUAUAGCAGUUUAAGGCCUCAUUUGAACAAUAUUUUUUUAAUUAUGCUGCUGAAGGACAACAUGAAGAGAUUAUUAAAAAUCUUUAUCACCUCUUUUUAUUAUGCUUUAAGGUAGUUCACUCCUCCUGCCUGGAAACCACGUGCUUAGAGAGUCACUGCAGCGGACAGGUAAGUCACAUUUGCUUUUAAAAAUAUUCAAACAUCUAACAGUCAUUGAACUACCUGAUUUUGAGCGGUGAAGUGGAUCAAGUUGUAUACAAGAUAGUUCCAGGAAAUUAGUGAUAAGAAUUUUCUGGCAUUUGGAAGCUGUUGGCUGUUGAUCAUGACACCUCAUGAUACCAUACACAGAAGGUGUAUUCAUUUUAGCGACCACAUUAAUAAACAAAUUAGAUCCAACUCCUUUAACUCGUUUGACCAACUGUGUCAAUAGACCUUUUCACGGUUUAUGACACCAUCUUGGCUGGGGGAUAAACACGGCUACAAAGAGGCUGAUUUCCACAGCGAAAAUGUAUUUUAAAAGACAUUUGUACUGAGAUUAUUCUCAUGAAGUAUAAAGAAGAGAUUCAGGUUAUAAGGUCUUAUAACGACCUUAAAACGAAUUUUUAAGAUUUCAUACAAACCCUUCUAAUCAACAUUAUUCAAAUUACAAUGAAAUUAGAAGCCGCAUGAGAAGAUUUGCAAUUCGAAUUUACGGACGUCGUACCUUCUUUAAUAGCCCUAUUUUCUAUUGUUUGAAUAAUAUCUCUAAAACUAUUUAAAGUAGUGGCAAGUGUUGGAAAUCUAACACUUUGUAGAGGCGUUGUAGCGGUUCCAAGUGGUCCAAAAUCUCAUACAUUAACUGUAAUUUUAGCUGUGUUUGCCCCCAAGCCAAGGUGGCGUCAUAAACAGUGAAAGGGUCUAUUAUCAAAGCGCUGCGAAGAACUUAUUAUUGUAGAGGUCCAAUUCGAGGCCCAGUGGUGAGAUUCAGGCUGAUAAAGUUUUGCGAUUAAGCUUUUUAUGUUCCCUGAUUCUAUUUAUUUACGCAUCUUUUCUAAGGGAAAAGUGAUUUACCAUCAGACCAUGACUCCGACUUGGUUGGAGGCGCAUGCGUCAUAUAUCGACAGUUCUCGUACAUCAACAUCCCAACAACUCACAUUCAACGCAGACGCAAAAGACAAUGCCGCUCUUCUAAAAAUACCCAUGAUUCCUUCUGGUGUUUUGAAAGCUGGAAAGCCGCUGACUGUAGAGAUCACCGUUGCAAAUGACGUCAGUAUUGGAGGCAAACCUAUUGAUAGCGACAUUAGAUACGUGGUGUCUGACGGCACAAGAUUUGUUGGGUUUGAAACUUGCGACAAGGACAACUACAAAACCAAUGCACCCUGCUAUGGAAUUGAAGGGGUUUCAGGUGCGAGUGCUUCUUCCCUGCGAGGAAAUCCGGUUCUUCCCAAACCCAGCGACUCCUUCUACCCUGGACAGUUUGUCUUUACUCUCAAGUUGGAUGAACGCUGGGGCUCGUGCUACAUUCCGCAUGACGGAGGCUUCGUGAGGACCGCUGGUUACAACAACCGUCUGAUGUUGAACAAGGGACUCAACCUGGAAGUCUACAAAAGCCACAAAGUAGAAAGGGUCGGUAUCAGAUUCAUCAAAGUGGCUAUCAUUCAAGAUGAUGCUUAA